CCCAAAUAAAACGAAUUGAAUUGAAAAAAUCUUUGAAAUCUUUUAAAAAGUAUUUAUAAGAUCAAAGGAUCUACAUUUUUCGAUUUUAUACUCCAUAGUAGCCCAAAAAUGAGUCAACUUCCGUAGGAUCGAUAUCGCACAUGGUUAGAGCUCGGGAGAACCAAAAAAAUUCGAUGAAUUUACGAAAAAUUUUUUAUGAAAUAUCUUACUCGUUUCACUUACACCGGUUUUUUAAAAUUGAAACGUUUAUUUUUGAUCAGUUGUGAACAAUAUAUACGUAGAAAAAUAAUAAGACGGUUUUCUUGUGCGACCAUUCGUAACGAUAAGCGAACAUAACCUCACUUUCAACGUCGAAUUUUCUGACAAGCAGCUGUUUUACGAAAUUAUAUGCAUCUCAAAGUUUCUCCAAAUUUCAACAACGAUUAAACAACAUAAGGAAAACUCGAUCAAGCGAAUUUCGGAAAAAUCGGAAACUUCUCCGGCGAAUUAUCGCUUCUACCCACAUUUUCGAUUUCCUCCGUGUCUUCAAUACAAUCUACUAGGGUCGCAUUUUUUUCUUCGUGAAUCAGAGACUCGAAACAUUUCCAAACAUACCUCAAAAUGUCGACAUUCAGAGGUUUCGUAAAGGAAAUUCCUGGCAUAACCGUGGAUCGCUUCGACGGUGAUAAUUGGAAUGCUUCAGUGUAUUUCCUCACACAUUCCCAUACGGACCACACAGUAGGGCUGUGCGGAAACUUUUUUCGACAUUUGGAAUCCACUGGACGACGACUCUACUGCACCCAAUUGACAAAACUAUUUCUUCUGAGGAAAUAUGAAGUCGAAGACAAAUUUGCACCAUGCAUAAUAGAACUGAAACCUUGUGCUCCAAGGAUCGUGGAUUAUCAGUGGAAAGGACAAAAAGAAGUAAUCACUGUGAAUUGCAUUCCUGCUGGACAUUCUCCGGGUUCAGUGAUGUUCAUUUUUGAACAAGACAGUAAACGCGUUCUCUGUACAGGAGAUUUUCGAAUAUUACCGGUUGAUUUACCCAAAAUCAAGCCAUUAAACUCGACCGACGGCUCCGGAACAAUUCCCCUCAAAUUUGACAAUAUUUAUCUUGAUACAACUUUCUUGAACCCAGAAUAUGCAGAGUUUCCCACCAGAAAUCAAAGUCUGGAUACAAUUUGUAAGAGAGUCCGAGAAUGGUUGGGUCGAAGCACCAAAAACAUUGUUUCUCUUGAGUGUUCAGCUCUUACCGGUUCUGAGUUUAUUUUCAUGGAGUUGAUGGAAAAAAUAGGCAAACCGAUUCAUGUUAAGGACAAUAUUUAUGAAGAUUAUCUAAGAAUCGAGGAGUUGGCCAGGUGCGUAACACUCAACCCUACCGUGACUCCGCUGCACGCUUGUGUCAGCAAGCGAUUCAGCAGAGAUCAAUUGCCGUGUAGAACGGAGGUUGAUGGAGAGAAUAUUUUAACAAUUGUUGUCUCUGCCUAUCGCUGGAGAAAUCGCAAACUCUCUACUUUUUCUGAGUGGGACAAGACGAAGAAGAAUCGUUUGUAUGUCUGUUGUUCGAUGCACCCGUCUUACAACGAACUUCAGGCUUUUCUCGAGUACUUUCAACCACUCAAUGUUCAUCCCUGCGUUGACCCACCCGCAGAUUCUCAACUUUGUGCUUCUGAUGUGCUCAGAGAAAUGAGGCAGAAGUAUUGUCCAAAGCCAGAGACAAAGAUUGAUUAUGAUUUGAAAUCAUUAAUCGGAAACUCCUCAGGAAAAAAGAGAAGCCGAUCUCAAUAUAUCAGUGAUGAUAGCAGUGAUUGAAAGUGAUUUGAUAAAUUCUUCUAAGGAUUCGAUGUUCGAUUGUUAGAGAAAAAUUACUAAACAGGAGACCCUGUGGAGGAGACAAACGAGCAUUAUUUUUAUGUUUAAGACUUUCUGUUUUAAAUUUCUGAUCAAAUAGCAACAUUUUUUACAAUUAUUCAUUGUAAUCACAGCAAAAGAAUAUAUUUUUUUCCUAUUAGGGAUUUUAAUGUUAAUGGCCUACGAAAAUGUUGAUAAAAAGCUGAAAGACAAAGUUUCAGCACAGAUGACGCUGAAGUUUCCAACAUUGGAGUCCAACGAAAUGAUCUGAAAAAACUCAAAUAAUUCCAGUAAAUCUCCAAUCUUGUUCCCUGCCGAAUUUCCAAUUCGUAAUUUUUCAAGCCACAUCAAUAAUUCGUGAAAUAAAAAAAUAAUUAAUUAUAAAUCUUUUUUGUUCAUUUCGUUGAACUCCAAUGUUGCAAACUUCAGUGUCGAUUUUUUUAUGUUUAAUCUUCAUGAACAAGAAAUAAUAUGUUUAGAAUGCCUAAAAUUUUGAUAGUUCGAGGGAAAUAGGAAGAAAGGGUGUACAAAAGAGAAAAAAGAACAUAACUAAUGAGAUAAUUGAUUAAAAAGUUUUCAGAAUAGAAGAGAAUCUGUUAUAUAUAAUAAUGUUGGUAAUGAUGGCAGCGAUCAAUUAUAUUUUUUUACAAUUACAAGAAAAUAAUUCAAAUUAUAAAAGAUCAAACAACAGUUGUAUUUUCAUUACGAAUAAAACAUUAUAAUCGAA